AUGAGGAGGAGACGGGAGGUUGGAGGAGGAGACGGGAGUGUGAAGGAGGAGACGAGAGCGUGGAGGAGGAGACGGGAGUGUGGAGGAGGAGACGGGAGGAUGGAGGAGGAGACGGGAGUGUGGAGGAGGAGACGGGAGUGUGAAGGAGGAGACGAGAGCGUGGAGGAGGAGACGGGAGUGUGGAGGAGGAGACGGGAGGAUGGAGGAGGAGACGGGAGUGUGGAGGAGGAGACGGGAGUGUGGAGGAGGAGACGGGAGCGUGGAGGAGGAGACGGGAGCGUGGAGGAGGAGACGGGAGUGUGGAGGAGGAGACGGGAGGAUGGAGGAGGAGACGGGAGCGUGGAGGAGGAGACGGGAGUGUGGAGGAGGAGACGGGAGUGUGGAGGAGGAGACGGGAGCGUGGAGGAGGAGACGGGAGUGUGGAGGAGGAGACGGGAGGAUGGAGGAGGAGACGGGAGCGUGGAGGAGGAGACGGGAGUGUGGAGGAGGAGACGGGAGCGUGGAGGAGGAGACGAGAGCGUGGAGGAGGAGACGAGAGCGUAG